AUGUCUAUCCGACAGUGGAAGGCUGCCGUCUGCCAGAGCGAGCCAUGCUGGUUCGACAAACAGGCAGGCAUCGAGAAGUCUGUCAAGCUCAUCCGCGAGGCCAAGGAGAAUGGCGCCGCCCUCAUUGCCUUUUCCGAAGUCUGGAUCCCGGGCUACCCCAACUUCCUCUGGUCUGGCAACUACGCCGAGAACCUGCCCCUGGUGCAAAAGUACAUGGCCAACAGCAUCUCGGCAUACGGCGACGAGAUCCUGCAGAUCCGCCAGGCUGCGGCCGAGAACAAGAUGUACGUCGUCUUUGGCUUCAGCGAGCGCGCGGGCCACAGCCUGUACCUCGCCCAGAUGUUCAUCGGCCCGGCCGGCAACGUCCUGCUCCACCGACGCAAGACCAAGCCUACACACGUUGAGCGCACAAUCUUUGGCGAUGCCACCGGCGACUCACUCAAGACGGUGGUGGAGACGCCACUCGGGAGGAUCGGCAUGUUGAACUGCUGGGAACACCUGCAGCCACUGCUGAAAUAUCACACCUAUGCACAAGGCGAGCAGGUCCAUAUCGCUGCCUGGCCGUCAAACGGAGAGUACCCGGGCCCCCACGCCGCCGAGCCGUACUCGGUCUUCUCCGAGGCGAACGAGGUCACCGCCAGCCGCAUGUACGCCCUCGAAGGCGCCGUCUACGUCCUCUGCACGAACCAGCCCCUCUCGGCCGAGGGCAGCCGCCUCAACAGCGAGGGGCAGGCCGGCGCCAAGAAGGACAGCUUCUUGCUGAGCAGCGGCUGCGGCCGCUCGGCCGUGUUCGGCCCGGACGGCAGGCAGCUCACCGAGACGACAGACCCGUCCUACGACGGCAUCAUCUACUGCGACAUUGACCUGGACAAGAUCGACAUCGCCAAGAACCUGACGGACUGCGUCGGCCACUACUCGCGACCCGACCUCCUGCGGCUCGUUGUCGACGACCAACCCAAGAACUUCGUCACUCGCGUCUCGGAUGGGCCCCAUACCACCCCUUACCACACUCCCACGUGCAACACGCACUUGAUUGAUACACACAGUACCCUGGAGGAGCUGCUGGCCAAGAAGGCUGGUGAGAAGGGUCAGGAGGCCAAGAAGUCUGAGGUCAAGGUCGCGAUUUUGAAUGGAGUGAAGUCACAGUGA